AUACUUGUUGCUUUGAGGAAUUUACACUUCAAGAAUAUUGUGCACUGUGAUUUAAAACCAGAAAAUGUACUACUAGCAUCAGCAGAGCCAUUCCCUCAAGUGAAGCUGUGUGAUUUUGGCUUUGCACGUAUCAUUGGUGAAAAAUCUUUCAGGCGCUCUGUGGUGGGGACACCUGCUUAUCUUGCCCCUGAAGUGCUCAGGAGUAAAGGUUACAACCGCUCUCUAGACAUGUGGUCAGUAGGAGUUAUUGUCUAUGUGAGCCUUAGUGGUACAUUCCCAUUUAAUGAAGAUGAGGAUAUAAAUGAUCAGAUUCAAAAUGCAGCGUUUAUGUACCCACCAAAUCCUUGGAAGGAAAUUUCUAGUGAAGCCAUUGAUUUAAUAAACAAUUUGCUUCAAGUGAAGAUGAGAAAACGUUUCAGUGUUGACAAAUCCCUUAGUCACCCGUGGUUACAGGAUUAUCAGACUUGGCUGGACCUCAGAGAAUUUGAAACACGCAUUGGAGAGCGUUACAUUACCCAUGAGAGUGAUGAUGCACGCUGGAAAGAACAUGCUUAUGAACACAACCUUGAGUACCCCCAGCAUUUUAUUAUGGCUCCUAAUCCAGAUGACAUGGAAGAAGACCCUUGAUUUAUUCAUUAUGCUAAAUUGCAGCAAAGGGGGACACUCCAGGCAGAAACUGAAGAUAAGUUUUGGAACAACUGUUGCUCUUUCUGAAUGCUGUACACAUAGUUCAGUGUACAAAGCCCCAGAGGAUCCUGCAUUGACAUGGGAAUAGACUGUCGUCUGACAAGCUUUUCUCCAUCUCUGACUUAAACUAUGAGUAGUUACUGGACAGUGGGAUAAGCCCCAUCGAGUAACAUUUCACCAAGCUGUGUGGCUACAAAGCCAUUACUGAGGUGUAAUGUGUACAGAUUGAAUGGUUUGUGUGUUUUUCAAGGUUGGUUUUUUGUUUUGUUUUUUUUCCUAUAGCCUACACAAUAAGAAUUUUGUAAUGGUUUUCUAACCCCUAUUUACUAGGCCAUAGAGGACUGUUUUCUGUUACUUAAAUACAUCUCCGGUUUCCUAAACUGUGCAUGG